CUGCGCGUACAUGGGGGUGUUUUCUGUUCGUUGUAUAUAAUCGCGUUAUUCUCAUGCUUGCUUUAUCGCAAAUGCAGGACCAGGUUCCUUGAAAAACCCUCUUCCCCUACAAUGACGUUGAUGACGGCCAUGGUGGCGACGAGGGCAGCGCGCUGCCUUCGCAUACAACAUAUACAACAUUCCGCGAGACGAUCCUUCCGGACCACAUGUAUCGCCAAAAUCACGGCCGUAUCGCAGGGGACUGAGGGCGAAUCUUCGGUGCCGCCCGGCUUGCAGUCUCGGAGAGAAUCAAUACGGAACGCGAAGCCUUUCUCGGAAUUCUUGACUGAUUCCUUUAAUCGAGAGCACGAUUACCUGCGCAUCAGUGUCACAGAGCGAUGCAAUUUGAGAUGUCUAUACUGUAUGCCCGAAGAGGGCGUUCCGUUAUCCCCACCUGCGAAUAUGCUGACUACACCCGAAAUCUUCUACCUGUCCUCGCUCUUCGUAUCGCAAGGUGUUACAAAAAUUCGUUUGACGGGCGGCGAACCCACCGUGCGCCGCGAUAUCGUGCCCUUGAUGCAGCAGAUCGGUUCACUCCGUCCCAACGGCCUUCGCGAGCUCGCGCUCACCACCAACGGAAUCUCCCUGCACCGGAAGCUCGAUGAUAUGGUCGAGGCCGGCUUGACAGGCGUGAAUCUCAGCCUGGAUACCCUCGAUCCCUUCCAGUUCCAGAUCAUGACGAGACGGAAUGGAUUUGACGCCGUGAUGAAGUCAAUUGAUCGGAUACUGGAGAUGAACAAACGCGGUGCCAACAUCAAGCUCAAGGUCAACUGUGUCGUCAUGCGCGGGAUGAAUGAGCGGGACAUUGUUCCUUUCGUGGAAUUGGGUCGUGAGAAGGAUAUCGAGGUGCGCUUUAUCGAGUACAUGCCCUUCGGUGGCAACAAGUGGAGCCAGGGCAAGAUGAUAAGCUUCCAAGAAAUGCUCGACAUUAUUCGCGCCGAGUAUCCUGAUUUGAAGAGUGUGCCAGGCCACAAGAAUGACACGAGCAAGACUUUCGCUGUGCCUGGCUUCGUGGGCAAGGUCGGCUUCAUAACAAGCAUGACAAACGAUUUCUGCGGAACUUGCAACCGACUUCGCAUUACCAGUGAUGGCAACCUCAAAGUGUGCUUACAUGGAAACGCUGAAGUAUCAUUGCGCGAUAUUCUCCGCCAAGAUAACCAAAACCAACCUAUCGACGAAGAAGCUUACGAACGGAUCAGGAAGAUGGAGAUGAAUCGCCGCGAUGGACUGUUGAUUGAUGAGCCAGGCCCACACUGGGGAGAGAGAGAGAAAGAGCUUUUGCAAGUCAUUGGCGCCGCUGUGAAGCGGAAAGCUGAAAAACAUGCCGACAUGGGUGAUCUUGAGAAGAUGCAGAACAGACCGAUGAUACUAAUUGAUUCAUCAAGUAUACCAGAGCCCUCUCGUACACAGCUUCUCAACGUACCCAUCACCCUUUCACACGGAAUAAACCACAAACCUUACACCCCUUGGCUCAGUUCAUGGCCGUCUCGAAACUUUCUGAACCGUCUCCCGCCUGCACCUUCCUGCCUUACCGCAACGAGUAGGUCGUCUGUUCCAUCAUCUAUUCAUACUUUCUCUGGGACCGCAUCAUAUUCAUCUAUAAGUAAACAGUCAGACGCAACACGGGAGGCGCUUUAUACGGCCGUUUUGGAUAAAUCAAAGCCUCUGCGAGCAAUCACGGCCUUUGAAAGGAGUCAUCGCCGGAGAGAAGCCGAUAUACUUCGCACUCUCGGCACAGAGAAGAACGAUGUCGUCCGAGCUCACGAUUUUGAUGAUCUCUAUAAGAGAUAUUGGAAUUUGGUUCUGGCCAGCAAAAAAGAAGUUCCUGAUAGGACUGCAGUAGCAAGAAAAGUGUUGGCCAAAAUGUGCAAAAAGAGCGGGCAGCUUUAUGAAAAAGCUUACGUCAAAAGCGCUUUCCAAGAGGUGAAAUGGAUGGACGAAGAAGAAAAGGAGGCACUGAGAUCAGGGCUCAGGGUCAAGUCCUUCAAGCACCUCAGUCAUGCUAACGAUCGACCGCCACGGUUUUAUAACAACGACAUGAUCCUCACGAGUUCCAACGCAGUCUUUGUUCCCACUCACAUUAUUCGGACCAAAAUUGCCGAACUGGAAGCUCGCAUUUCUUUAGAGAAGACCUACCCACGACCUGGUCCUUCCCCCAAUUAUAUGGACUUUGUGAAAGGGCAUUGGUUCAAAUUCAUCGACCCUGAUGAAAAGGCAUUGUUGUGGGAGCGCUUUGCAAUCUCGGCAGAUCCCUCAACAGACAGGAGUAUUGCGCAAGCAUUGCGGGAACAGUGGUCAUCUAAUUUGGCACAGAUGGAAUUCAACCUGUUUCAUUUCAAGAGGCAGAUGCGACAAAGGCUAGGCAUACUGCUAAACAGCGACGCGGAAGAGGAAGCGUUGCUGCAUAAUGAGAUCGGAGCGCAUGAAAUAAAGGCGAAGGAAGAAGGUGAUAAAGCUUCGUCCAUACUCGCGACCGAAGUAGAGCCUGAGGCUAAGAGACUUCGAUUGCAGCGAGAUAUCCUCAUUGAAAAGCGCGCUGCCAUGCUUGGAAAGAUCGCAAGUGCUAAAGAGGUGUUAAACAAGCAGACCGCGGGCUCUGAUACCAAUCAUAAAGUCGAUGUCGUAGAACUGGAGAUUACAAGUACAACCACGGAGUCGCCGAGCGUGACAACAAACACUUCUUCAAUCAAGACAGCAGACGCCUCUCAAACUGAAGCGGCAGAUGCGUCUCAAAUCGAGACAGCAGACGACUCGUCAAUCAAAGCAGCAGACGCCUCUCAAAUCGAGACCCUCGAAGAGCAGCUCAAGCGGAUUGAAGCUGAAAAGAAUCAAGCAAUUUUAGUACUCAAAGCUCGCCAGCAAGCCAUUGCACAAGAGCGAGAGGCAAGAUUGAAAAAGCUCCAGAACUACAAGAUCCCAAAUGUCAGGAAAACCAUAGAGCUAAAUCUUGAUAAUUUGGUACCAGAGCUCAAAAGAUUAAAGCAAGACGCUGUAUCUCUCGAGACAAAACCAGGUUUCCCUAAAGAGUCUCUUUGGCCUCGUCGUGCCCGACCAACAACUCAACUCAGUGCAAUGGACACUCUCAAGGGUUAUAUACCACCCUCUGGAUUUGUCGAAAUUGAUCGCGGCCUGACUGUUAACAUCGAUGCACCUCCUGCUGAACUGCAGUCUCAGAUAAAUCAACUGAUUGCAAGAUUGAAGAUCAAGUACCCUCGUCUUAACACGUUACCUUUCGAUGUUUCCAAAUCAUCAAAACCCGAAACGCGCAGACAAUGGCUCAAGAUUUUAGUUAGGAGAUGGCAAACUCGUUUUGACGGGUGGACGCAGUACAAUAAGGAGUCAGAGAUAAGUUUCUCAAACGCCUAUUAUGGCAACGCAAAAGUCGAAGAGAACAUCAAGGCAGUUCUCGACCAAAUGGUCAUGGAUCACGACCUCAGCAUCGACGCAGCGCAACGAAUGGCGGCCCGCUGGGAAGAUGUCUUUACUCGCAAAAAAACCCUGAAGCCAGAGAGUGACCCCGAGGAAGCUAGAAUUGACUGGGAAGAAUGGAGUGGGCUGGGGAUGGGAUGGUUAAGAGACGAUAGUGCUCCUGAAUCGACGGUUUCCAAAGCAACCCCACGCCUAGCGAGUGCUAUGCCCACACCAAAUACGGGACAACAAAGCAAGAGUCAUACACGGGGCUUGGUUUCUAAUCGUUCAUUCUCCACUUCCCAUAAGCCUUCCGUAGAUACCCGACCCACGAACUUAGGAUCAGGCGAUCUAUCAAAACCUGCACCCUCAUCAUCAGCAGCAACAACACCGACCUCUCUCCCUCAUCUGACUUCGGAAGGCUCUGCACACAUGGUUUCCAUAUCCACGAAACCGCACACUGUCCGCACCGCCAUUGCUACAGGCACGGUAUACUUUAGCAACGCCACCCCCCUCCAGCUUAUCCGCUCGAACAGCCUCAAAAAGGGCGAUGUGCUGAGUGUAAGCCGUAUAGCAGGUAUCAUGGCGGCAAAAAAAUGCCCGGACCUGAUCCCUCUCUGCCACCCGAUUCCACUUACACAUGUUGGGGUGGAGUUGCUCCCCUUUGGCGACGGUUAUCCGGGUGAUAGCGAGAUUCCAAAUGCAACGAAAAGUGUAUAUGGAGGCAUCGUCGUCGAAGCGAAAGUUCAGUGUGAAGGUCAGACGGGUGUAGAGAUGGAAGCUCUGAGUUCCGUUACGGGCGCCGCGCUCACUGUUGUGGAUAUGUGUAAGGCCGUAGAUAAAGCGAUGAGGAUCGAUGGUGUGCGGGUAGUGUUGAAGGAGGGCGGGCGCAGUGGUACGUGGAGAGACGAAGGGUGGCAUAGUGUGAUGAAGAAAUCGUCAUGA